GCCAAUUACGUACGUGUCGGAUAAGCUGAACGAACGUGAACUUUGCCGCCCGCGGCGGCUCGACCGACUCCAGUACAUUAUCACCAUUGCGCAGUCGAGACUUCACGGGCACGAAUUCUCAAGCACGACUUCGAAGAUAGCGAUGGACGACCCAACUGCAACUCAGCACGACUUUGGUCAAACUUUUGAAGAGUCCUACCGAUUCAAGUGGGCGUUUGAGCGCAUCGGCUAUGACGACCCAGCGAGCAUUUUCACGGACUUGUCGGAAAAGUACAACACUGUCCAAUGCAGGCUGCAAGAUCACAGAGCAUUUUUUCUUGAUGUCGACGACAUUGCCCACGAAGCGACAGAUGUCCAUGAUUUCCACUGCAGAAUGGCAGAACGACAAAGAAAGCGGGUCGCUGAACUGCGAGAAUCAUAUUUCAAAACGGAUCGAAGACUGAUCCGCAGUAAAUGCAUCGGCCAUCAACAAAGCGAAGCUCUGCGUGGCAUAAGAAAACACAAGUCUUUGGACGCUGUUGUCAUGUUUAUCAAUUCUCUUCUGCAGCUCGAUGCGUCGACCGAGUUAUACCACCAGGAACCCCACGAACCUCAGGGCAACGACCGAGCGGAUGCUGUCCGCUCAGAUCCAACCUCAACACCGCAAUUUAAAGGGGGAAAACAUCAGGGGAAACAUCACGUGGAGCAAGUUUUUACAUGUUCUGAUCACGAAAUUCCGUCACAACCAAACGCUCCAACACCGCUCCGACAGCCCAACAAUGUAUGUUUCGAGGGGAGGCCUGGGCCUCGACGAAAGCGCAAAGCAGAUACUGCCUUUGAACAACCUGCAACUACGGGCCGCACAGCACAGCCGCGCACGAGUCGACGUCUCUCCGGGAAACCGCCGGAGUCCGCCGGGCUUUGAUUGUGUAUGGACGACCAGGUGGAAAUAGUCAACUGGUACUCCAGAGCUACAAUCAUCCUAUACUGAAACCGCAGGGCCCUCCACGCUUGCGCCGUUACAUCACUCCGUUCGAGGAUUGCAGAUGGGGGAAUGACAAAUGACAGGUUUCACAAAAACAUCUUGGAGUCUGCUCAAUUAUAUGGUAUUAAGCCAGCAGUGCAUCGUGGGAAUCACCACAGCGACAUCAUCUGCGGCGUAGGAGGGCUUUAUCGGGAUAAACCGGAUGUACCUAUGCAGCCUGAGAGGGAAAAGGAAAAGGUCAGUGCAUCAGUUGAACCGCAGGCGCGGAAACAGACAAGGCACACACCACAGCAUGCAGAAUGCUAUAAGCCAGGGUGGUAUUGUAAAAAGCCGGUAUUGUAAAAAGCCAGCCCGCCAUCAAGCAGUGCAAGCCGGUGACGAGUCUGGGCCCUAUCACAGUUUUGAUUUUUUGAACGAUGCCCUUUUGGAUAGAAUGUAUCGACUAAAUAUGGAGGGGAAAAAACGACUAACCUACCGGAAUCCCGCUACUCAUCAAUUCUGGUUCUGGCGGGGCGUUUCUUUGUUUCUUUUUUUGCUUUCAAAAGGCUAGGAUAUCCCAAAACUGAGGACGGGAAGCUACGAACAGUAGGGUCAGAAGGGGAACGAUCUAUGGCAGAUGGGAGUUAGGGGAGCUCGCUCCAACGAACUUGCAAAUCUGCGGCGGUCCCAGGGUUGAACUCGACCACACCCCUCGACCGAACGGUCAUUGAAAUUGUCCACGGCCCACCCACCGUUCCAUCCUAGGGCAAGCAUGGACGGCAGGGGCUCUCGAGAUAGUCUAGGGGCAAAUAUUUUGAGGUUACGUGAAGACAAGGCAGGCGAGGAGAGCAGGGACAAUGGGCUCUUUGAGAAUCCAUCUUUUUGGGUUGAUAGGUAGAAGAGCGUAACGGAUUUUUGCCAUCAUUCCGUGAGCUUCGUUUAAGUUUGAGGCAUUCAAAUAUGACAUUUUAUGGAUGUCCAUAAGAGCAAUGCAUCUGGAAUAAUUGGCUGCGAAGAAUUAAGAACGAAACAUAAUAUUUUGUUGUCACACCA